GUAUCUGUUUGAAUGAUAAAGCACAGUUCAUAUUAGUUUAAAUAAAAUAUUCUACAAUGUUAGUUAAUCAACUAAAUACCGCUGUAAGCUCUUUGAGUGGCACUCCUCCUUAAAAACUAUAUAAUUUGUCCACUUAACAACAAAUAAAUUUGUAUAAGAAUGUCAAGGGUUUGAACAACUUUGUAUUAAACGUGGCAUCUGUCUUCGGUGUCUACAUGAUAAUAAUGUGAAAAUAAAUAACUAUAUCAUAACAUCAAACACAAAAUGGUAUAGAAAAAAUUGGAUAAAAAAAUAUGUUGUACAUUAUGUUGUUGAUAAGCAGAAGUUCUUUGGCUUUAAUAAAAAUAUAGCAUCAUAAAUAUGAUGCAUUAGCGUUUCCACUUGAGUUGACAGAAAUUUGAAAAAAAAAAUAUUUUUUCUAAAGUAAUGCUCUUUGCGGUGACUACCAUUAAUUCUUGGAAAUUCAUCUAAAGUCAGUUAGACAAAUAAAUUAGUUUUAUUAAUAGAUAAUCUGGUGCAUGAUCGAAGCUUUUUUAAUUUACCAAAUGGCGGCCUCAGGAAAUUUAUUUCUAGAUUUUGCGAAAAACAAAGUUGAUUGUUUAUAAAAAAUCGAAAUAAAAAAUCCUUCGAUCAGGCAUCAAUUUCGAGCUACAGUGGUCACCAGCUCAAAAGAAAUUAUACUUUAAUAAAAUGUAAAUAUACAUUAGAUGUGUUAAAAAGACUACUCCUAACCCCUUAAGGAAAUAGUUUAACAUGUUUAACACGUUUAAGGUUGUUUCUUAUUAUAUGCAUUAUAUUUAUAAAAUUAAAACUCAAAUCUAUUUUCUUUACUAUCAAUUGAAUCACGAAUUGAUGUACAAAUUACAUACCAAUGUAUGGUAUACGCCUAGCUGUGUCAGAGCAUAAAUUAUAAGAUCUUAUGAGAACUUACGAAAUUAAGAAAACGUACGUACGAACGUACGAAAAAAGAAAUUACAAAAAGUUUAAGUUAAAAGACAUAAAAAAAAGUUAAAAGUUUAAUAGAACAUAGUAGUGCAACCUGUUUGAAAGCUAGUUAAGCUAUUAUAAUGUUUCCUCAAACAUCUUCAUUGACUAUAGUCAUAAAUUAUUUUUAUGUAUAUAUAAAUAUUCCACAUACUGUGACAUAACAGACCUUAAUCCAUGCUCUUGCUUUUGACGUGCUAAUUGAUGCUAUUUUUUGCCGUUCACACCGUAAAUGCCUGUUAAACGCUGUUUAAAGGCAGAUUGACUGCUAGGGAAAAUUUAAAAGCCGUUAAAUUGAAUAUUAAGGGGACAUAUAGUUAGUAUAUGCCAAUUAAAAUUCGAAUUACAAUUUGAAGUCUCACUAUAAAGUAAUUUACUUUCCGGUUAUAUAAAUUUUCAGAGUUAAUUUAUGUACCAUAUGUACAUACAUAUAAACAAACAUCAAUGUGCUAAUAUCUAUACUGCAUAUGAAUAGAAAUAAAAACUGAAUUGAAAUCAAAUAUCUGUAUAGAUUGUAAUUCUUUAUCAGUUUAAAACUUAUAUAUUUGUCGUAUUUUACUCAGUUUCUGUCAAGCCCCCAAAACAUCAAGGCACCAAGGUUAUAAUCAAAAAACUUUUAUAUAAAUGUCCAGCAGUGUAACAUACAAGUAUAUAUUUAUACACAUUCUUAAAUAUGUUGAUAAAGCGUUUUAAUUUAUUUGCUUAUCUGUGAACAUUUGCACGUCGAAUAGUCAGUAAAAUUUGUUGUCUCGUGAUGUUAUUAUUUCAGUAGCAGAGCGACUGAACUAAAUUGCACACUUUUAAAAUGGCCUCCGAAGCGUAUCGUGUAGAAUCCGACACAUUUGGCGAACUAAAAGUUCCAGCUGAGAAGUAUUAUGGCGCCCAGACAAUGCGAUCCAAAUUAAAUUUUCCGAUUGGCGGAUCUUCUGAGCGCAUGCCGCAACCGGUUAUUCAAGCGAUGGGAAUUUUAAAGAAAGCUGCCGCUGAGGUGAACAAGGAGUAUGGUCUUGACGCCAAGGUCAGUGACGCUAUUUCGAAAGCUGCUGAUGAUGUCAUAUCCGGUAAAUUGUAUGAAGAUCAUUUUCCCUUGGUGAUUUGGCAAACAGGUUCAGGCACACAAACUAAUAUGAAUGUCAAUGAGGUGAUCAGCAACCGUGCCAUUGAAAUGAUGGGUGGUGAAUUGGGUUCAAAGAGCCCCGUCCAUCCUAAUGAUCAUGUGAAUAAGUCGCAGAGCUCUAAUGACACAUUCCCUACAGCUAUUCAUAUUUCGGUUGCAUUGGAACUCAACAAUAACCUUAAACCUGCCAUAAAAAUUUUGCAUGAUGCUCUUAAAGCCAAAUCUGACGAAUUCAAAGAUAUCAUCAAAAUUGGACGUACACAUACCAUGGAUGCAGUGCCACUGACGUUGGGUCAAGAAUUUAGCGCUUAUGCUCAACAAUUGGCAUAUGCGCUCGAUCGCAUCGAUGCCGCUCUGCCGCGCGUUUACGAAUUGGCUUUGGGCGGUACAGCUGUUGGCACUGGCCUCAACACCCGUAUUGGUUUUGCGGAAAAAUGUGCCGCACGCAUUGCUCAACUUACCAAACUGCCUUUUGUAUCAGCGCCAAACAAGUUUGAAGCCUUGGCAGCACGUGAUGCUAUGGUGGAAGUGCAUGGUGUUUUAAAUACAAUCGCCGUUAGCUUAAUGAAAAUUGGCAACGAUAUUCGUUUCCUUGGUUCAGGUCCUCGUUGUGGCUUGGGUGAACUGAUGCUGCCUGAAAACGAGCCAGGAAGUUCGAUUAUGCCGGGAAAAGUGAAUCCAACUCAAUGCGAAUCACUAACUAUGUUAGCGGCACAAGUUAUGGGCAACCAUGUGGCGGUAACUGUAGGCGGCGCCAAUGGACAUUUCGAAUUAAAUGUUUUCAAACCUUUAAUCGUCUCGAACGUUUUACGUUCCAUUCGCUUGCUAUCUGAUGGCUCACGUACAUUUACCUCCAAUUGCGUCAAUGGAAUACAGGCGAAUCGCGAUCGCAUUGGAAAGAUCAUGGCAGAAUCCUUAAUGUUAGUGACUGCCUUGAAUCCCCAUAUUGGCUACGACAAAGCUGCCAAGAUUGCUAAGACUGCCCAUAAAAAUGGCACCACUUUGAAGGAGGAAGCCAUCAACUUAGGCUACCUAACUGCCGAGCAAUUUGAGCAAUGGGUUAAACCAUCGGAAAUGUUGGGACCAAAAUAAAUAUUGAGAUUUUUACUUUGAUAUUAAAUGUUUGUAUAAGCGAAUUAAAUUCGAACGAUACUGUAAAAUGAUAGUCAUGAUGUGAAACACUAUUUUAAUCUGAACGAAUGAAAUACACAAGAUUGCUAGUACUUAUCUAGUAUAAUACGA